AUUCUUGUCUCCUUCGCUUGCUGUGUGCAUGGCGUCCCCUUUUAUUCUGAUUUUUCUUCUAUUCUAUUUUCUUUUUGUAUUCCUGGGCGCUUGUGUGUUGCCCUCCACUUUAUUCAUUCUAAAUAAUUAUGCUAAUGCUGGAUUUCUUUCUUUGCUGGAGCCUCGAAAGGCAAAAAAAUCGAAAAAAAAUUGAAAAAUCGUCGUCAAUAAUGUGGACUUUUUGGAACAAGGAAUGCUAAAAUAAAUUUUUUCUUCGAUUUUGCACGAGUUUUUGUGAGCCAACCCAGGCAUCUUUUAAAUGUAUGUACUAGGUCUAAUUUGUUCGAUCUUUCUAUUAUGUAUUUUGUUCAGAAAAAUCCUUCCUAGAUAUCUACACCUCAACAAAGUCAAGUCUAAAAAAAUAUCCCGAUCCAAAUAUCUCUAUUUGUUUCCUCUUUUCUUUUCCUAUUUCUUCUAGAAUGUCAAGUAUUCCCUAUUUGAAUUUUUUUUUCUUUGCACAGUUUAUCACCCUAUGAAACGUAUUAUAUUUUUCCCACCUUUCACAUCCCCGCUCCGCUGUCUUUGAUUGACUUUGUCCACAUUUUUCGUUUUUUUAUAGUUUUCUUUUUAUUUAUUUUGUACGUAAUAUAAUGUUUAAUAACCCAAGUUUGAGA